AUGGUCCCUGCUCCGGGCACUCCCGUUGGUGGGGAGCGCCCCCGGCGGCGGCCGCCGGAAGGCGCUGGAGGGGCUGAUGCGAUGGAGGUCGACCCCGGCAGUCCUGCUGCUCCUAGGCGGCUCUUCUGCCCGGUGGGCGGUUGCCCUUGUGCGGAUGCUAACUCCGCCCGUGGGUGGACCUCCGACAGCACCCUGCGAGCACAUGUAGAUGCUCAUUUGGCGGGCUCGCUCAGUGGUCAGGUUCCUUCGGCUUGGCUUCAAGAUCGCUCUUUGCAGCAGUGCUUGGUGUGCGGGUUGUCUGUGUCCACUCGCUUCGGCAUCCAUCCCACGUGCAGGCCUGCUGCUCGGGCUGUGGGCGGUGCGGUCGGGAGCGGCCCCAGGGACACUGACGGCCCUCUUCCGUCCUUAGCCGAGAUCCAGUGCAGCUACACGCCAACUCUGCGGCAUGUUCCCCCUAGCGCCCGCUAUGCUUGGGGGCAAGCACUGACUCGGGCAUGUGCGGCGGUGGCUGAAUACAACGAUGAGGCCGCUUGGGUUCAUUUACUUAUGCUGCCCAAAUGUGUGCUAUGCAGCCCCCGCCGGGGUGGCCGGAAACAUCAGCGCACCGCAGCCGCCUUCACCAUCGAACGCCUCAAGCGUUGGAAUGAUGGCGAGCGGGCCUCUUUGUGGGCCAGUCGGCCUCAGCCGCAGCGGCCCCAUGGCCGUGACAUGACGGCGGAGCAGAAGCGGGACUUCGCCACCGGCCUUGCCAGAGAAGGCUUCGACAAGAAGGCCUGCACAGCCUUGCUUUCGCACGGUCUCUGCGACCACUCCCAGGCAACAGUUGCAGCCCUGCGCGCCCUCCACCCCACAUCUGCAGCACCAGUCGUCCCUGCGUUGGAGAGCUUGCCGUUGGCGCCCGGGUUCGAUGUCGAUGCGGUGACGCAAGCCCUUCGCCGCUUCCCUUCAGACACGGCGCCGGGGCCUAGUGGCCUCCGCGUGCAGCACGUCUUGGAUGCUGUGGGGCAUGGCGUCGGGCUCCUGGACCAGCUUACCGCGGUUGUGAACCUCCUGGCCCAAGGGCGGGCUUGUCCAAGCAUUGCUCCACUGCUCGCUGGUGCGGGGCUGGUGGCUUUGCCCAAGCCGUCUGGCGGUAUCCGCCCAAUAGCGGUAGGCGAGCUUCUUCGCCGCCUGACCGGCAAAUGCCUCAUGCAAACGGUGCGGCCUGAGGCCCGGGACCACUUCUGGCCUGCCCAAGCAGGUGUUGCAGUGCCGGGCGGAGCUGAAGCUGCGGUCCAUGGCCUGCGAGCUUGGGUCAGCCGCCAUGCCGCUUCGCACGACUCGGUCGUGGUGAAGGUUGAUUUCCAGAACGCCUUCAACACUGUCAGCCGUGAUGUGGUCUUACAACAGGCCCGGGACAAGUUUCCCGCUCUGGCCCGCUGGAGCACGUGGUGCUACCAGCACGCCACCAACCUCCAGUUCGGAGACACGGUCCUCCAGUCCAACAGCGGAGUCCAGCAAGGGGAUCCCUUGGGACCCUUGCUCUUUGCGGCUGCUCUCCAUCCCCUGGCUGCAGCGCUUCGGACCACUGCCUUGGACUUUUCGGUGUUCUACUUGGACGAUGGGGUGCUGGCUGGGCCCAUUGAUGCGGUGACAGCUGCCCUGUCUCAACUUCAGCAGGCUGCUGGUCGAGUUGGCUUAGUGUUGAACUUGGGCAAGAGUGAGGCCAUCGCUGUGGGCAUGACGUCUGCCGCGGCCAUUGCGGCCAAGCUACCAUCCCAACUUGUGAGCACUUCCGAUGGCAACAAUCGCAUUCUCCGUGACUUUGAAUUUCUCGGGGCUGGCAUUGGUGGGCCCGAGUAUUUGCAAAGGCAUGCCACUGGUCGAGUUGAGGGUGCCCGCAAACUUUUGGAAGCCAUUGGUGCACUUGAAGAUCCACAGGUUGCCCUUCGGCUGCUGCGAGCUUCCGCUGGUUACGCGAGGCUCGUGCAUACCAUGCGGUGCUGCCCACCCGCUGGGCACGAGACUGCAUUGGAACAGUUUGACUACCUGGUGCAAGAAUGUUUCAGCUCCUUCACUGGUCUGCAUGUUGAGGCUUCUGCGUGGCAACAAGCAAGCCGUGGCUUGGGCCAAGCCGGCCUGGGGCUCCGCUCCACUAAGGUCCAUGCGCCAGGUGCCUACCUUGCCUCAGUUGGCGCUUGUGCCCGACUAUGUGGUGAGCUUGAUGGCGGGUACUGGUUAGACCAUUCUGGAGAUGUGGCCGCCGCUUUGUCGGCACUCAACGCUUGCCUGGACCCAACUCAGCAGCUCACUGCCGCCGCUGCCUUGGGGCUCACGCAGAAGGACCUCAGCCGCAGAAUAGAUGGUGCUGGGUGGCAGGCCCAACUCCACGCAACUUCCGCUGUUGGCAAAGCCACGUUGUUGUCGGAGGCAACGCCUGGUGCUCGGGCCUUUCUGACCUGUGCGCCGUCCGGCCGCACACGCAUGGAGCCAGCGGUGUUCGUGGCUGAGAUCCGGGUCCGUCUGGGCAUUGCAGAAGCUGCUGCCGACACAUGGUGCCCCAAAUGCGAUGCCAUUCUGGACACGCAUGGGUACCAUGCUGGCAUGUGCAUGGCUGGUGGGGAGCGUACACUUCGCCACAACGCCCUUCGUGACCUGGUUCACAGUUGGGCCGAACGAGGAUGUCUUCGCCCUGAGCGUGAGAAGGCUGGCCUGCUUCUCCCACAACGACCUGAUGAUGCGGCCAGUGCCCGACGCCGCCCUGCGGAUGUGUUUCUCCCGUCCUUCCUUGGACGCCCAACUGCACUUGACUUUGCCGUCACGGCACCCCAGCGGUUGGACGCCCUUGGUGGUUCAGGAAACACUUCUGCUGCGGAGGCAUAUGGUGCUUACAAGCGCCGGCACCUGGACACAGCUGAUGCAUGCGCAGCCCAGCACGUGACCUUCCUCCCCAUGGUGAUUGAAACCACGGGCGCUUGGGCGCCGGAGGCGGCCCAAGCCUUGGCUCACAUCAGCCGCACUGCUGGAGGCGGCGCAGGCGGGCCCACCUUGUUGCAGGAAACCUGCGUGCUGGUGCGUAGCUGGAGGGGCCGUGCUGCUCUGCGGCGCCGUGCUGAGCUCGAGGAUGCCAACGGGGUUUAUGAAACUCCAGGGUUGGCGCGGCUUCGUUUUGGCCUUGCUGUUGAGCCAUAUCCCAGGGACACCAAGGAUCAGGUGAAGGACCACUCCAAUGCUUUGGCAGAGAACACAGUGAAUCGCAUACGCGGUCUUUGUGGCACUUUGAUGGAACAGUUGCAGUCCAACAUCAAGAUGAAGAUUGGCAUUUCCAACCCACUUUGGAGCUUUACCGUGGUGUUCUUGCUGCUUUUGCUGAGCCAAUCUUCUUGGGGCUUGAGCCUACCUUUCUACAAGUUCUUCAGUGCUCCGUCCUAUGACUAUCAAACUGGAUUUGGAGCAAGGAUUGUUCCCACAAAGCGCGAAGCCCUUGCGUUGCCAACUUCGACAGUUAUGAUACCUUUGGAAUCAAUUGUCACCAAGUUCAGAGACCAUGAGGCUGAGGCAGUUGCAGAGGAGGCUGCAGAGGAGAACAGAGAGGCUUUGGAGAUGGCAAAGAUGUCAGUGGCAGAUGAUCCUCAGAAAACUGUUUUGGUUCCUUUUGAGGACGAAGAUCAGCUUGAAAGUGUGCCCGAGGAGGAUAUCUUGGUGGAGGAGAUGGCGGUUCAAGAGUCAGAAAAUGUGCAAGAGAAAAAGACAGUGGAGGUGACUGAUGACACUCCAUUGCUGGACCUCAAGCUUCCGAUGGACACCAAGGUUGUCUACAAGCAGGAUACUCCUGGAACAACGAGUGCGCCUUCAAGUGCUUCGAGGCCCCAAGCAGAUGAAGAACCACGUUCCUCACCUACAACAAGACCCAGCGUUGCAGGGGAUGAAGAGCACAGUACUAAGAAGGCCAGGAUGUCUCCUUCUAAGGCUGUGAAGAUUGGUGAAGAGGAGCUCUACACUAUUGAUGAGCCCGAUGCAGAUCCUUUGGAACACAACACCCUUGACGAGCUCUAUGACUUUGACUUUGAGGACACACAUGAAGGUGGAGAAGAAGUUCCUGAUUACCUUUGGUGCGAGGGGAAUGCAGAUGAGAAGCCACCUGAACCAGAAAGGUGGAUUGACAAAAUGGCAGAGGAGGUGGAGCUGAAACGCUUGACAAAGAAGGAGGUGAUCAGAUGUGCAGUGGAUGGACUUGAUGACUCCAUUCAUAAGACCCUCACAACGCGCUUUGUUUUUGACUGGCGCUUGAAGCCCUUCAAGACAGAGGAAGGCCAUGAGGUGAUGAGGUGGAUGCGACGCGCGCGUUUGGUGGCACGUGAGUAUGCCUUUGCAGAAGGCAAACGUGACGAUGUUUUCAGCCCAGCUUCUUCAAGCCAUUUGCUACGUCCUUUGCCUGUUCUCUACUUGCACAAGCUCUCUCAGUACCAGCUUGCUGAUCUCAAGAGCAUGAGCCCUUGCAUCUUGGGAUGUUUGGACAUCAAAGAUGCCUUUCUUCAAGUACCUCAACAACAACCUCUGAGGCUCAAGAUGCAUGGAGGAGAUUGGGUUGUUUGUCGAAACAUUCCAGGCCAGCGAGUAGGAGCACGUGCAUGGUUUGACCACAUCAGCAACUUCCUCAAGGAGAGUUUGGGAUUCAAGGCAUGUGUUCUAAACUCAUGUCUUUUGAGAAAUGAGCAGAUGGUGGUGUUGGUGCAUGUAGAAUGUAGAUGA